GUGGAUAAGAUACUAAGUAUCUACCCAGAUAAUUAAACAAAGUGGUUACGUUCUAUAAGCAGAAUAAAAUAUUCUGCAAAGUUCAAAGCCAUAUAUUGUUGGGGCGCCACCUACCGAUUGAAAAGCGUGCGUUUGAGUUUUGGUUGGUUGCUUUGGCCGGGUUCGUAGUCAAGGAAACGGGUGUAGCUACAAGACAACAACACUGAUAAGUCAAUCAAUUUUUUAACGAGUUAUAUAAAUCCAAAAAGUUAAUUAAAUUAUUCUUUGUAAUUCCUCACAAAAAUAGUAAGCAUCAAAAAAUCUGUGAGACUGAGACAAUCAUCUGGGCAAUGAGAAUUUUGACAGUUCAUAGUAUGGCUGGCAGACUUUGAGUGCGGCGACGAAGUGCUUGUGGAGUCGUCGCCGCCUGCCUCGCCCGUCAUGGCUGCGCGGCUCGCGGCCCCAGCGCAGGGUUCGACGGCAGGCGCUGGUGGCGGUGGGUCCCCGAGCACAGUUCGCGAGCUCAUCGUCAUACCAGAACUCCCCAACUCUAUACAUCUACAGCACGCCAUUCAGCAGGUGUCGAGUACAGUCGUGGAGGUGAACGGGGACAGCUCGGGACAUUCCAGCCCCACCACAGAAGCUCAGCACGCCUACAUCACUGUCGCUAUGCAGGGCGCGUGGCGGCGCGCCUCGCCGCUCAUCAAGGAGGAGCUCAGUGACCACGAAAGCGAGGGCGGUAACGGAGUCAAUUAUCAUGUGCAGUAUGUGGAGCCCCAGGAAAUCUACACUCAAGGUCAUCAGCCACAGAUGGAGACGCUGCGCACUUACCCUGUGUACGGCGUGACGACGGUGGGCGCGGGCGCCGACGCCAACGCCGACAGCUCCUGGGCCGGCGGAGCCACCGCCGAGUACACCACCUACGGGGUCGUGGUGGCCGGAGAUGAAGCGGAGGCGCCGGCGUCGCCCGCCACGCCCGCGGCCGGCCCGCAAGUGCGUAUGCCGCCCGCUACUGUGCAGUGGCUGCUCGACCACUACGAGACAGCUGAAGGAGUAUCGCUGCCCCGGUCGACGCUUUACUCUCACUAUUUGCGCCACUGCACGGCGCACCGUCUCGACCCGGUGAACGCUGCGUCGUUCGGCAAACUCAUUCGCUCAGUGUUCGUCGGGCUUCGUACGCGUCGUCUCGGCACUCGCGGCAACUCGAAAUACCACUACUACGGUAUACGGGCGAAGGCGAGCGCCAACGACUCGCCGCCCGCGCUUGACUCCAGCGAUGACAAGACCGAUCUCAGUGAGCCGCAGGAGGAUCGGGAUCGUUCCCGGGAGCGGUCGCGCGAGCGCGCGGGCGAUGGCUCGGGCGAAGGCGAGGGCGAGGCGGCGUCACCGCCGGCCGGGCUCGCGGGCAUCGCGCACCGCCAGUACCUGGGCACCGCCGCGCCGCCCUCCCCGCCGCCGCUGCUGCUGCACCACCACCCGCCCGACGUGCCGCUCGUCGCGCCGCUCGCCCUGCGCGACCACCACAGGGCGCACGGAGCGGAGUUCCUGGAGGCGGUUGCGGCGCUGGACACGGGCGCGGUGGAGCGGUCGCGGCGCGCGUUCUGGAGACGCAUGGGCUCCGGGUCGCGCCGCCUGUUGGCGCUGCGAGCCGGCGCCGCCUGGCUGCGCGCCGCCGACCUUCGCCUGCACCAGCAGUGCGUCGACCUGCUGCUUCCCGACGUGCUGCGCCCCAUCCCGCCGCAGCUGACGCAGGCUAUCCGGAACUUCGCCAAGAGUCUAGAAUCGGCGUUAGCAGCAGGCGCGGCUGACGCCCCGCCGGCAGCGGCGCGGGCGCAAGCAGCGGCAGCAGCGGCGUUAGCGGCCGCACUACGGCGCUAUACGUCGCUCAACCACCUGGCGCAGGCCGCGCGCGCCGUGCUCGCCAACCAUCACCAGAUCCAGCAGAUGCUGUCGGAUCUGAAUCGCGUGGAUUUCCGAGUGGUCCGCGAGCAGGCGGCCUGGGCGUGCUCUUGUGGCAGCGCAGCUACUGCGCACCGACUCGAAGCUGACUUCAAGGCGACAUUGGGGCGUGGCGCGACGCUGGAGCAGUGGGCGGCGUGGCUGGAGGGCUGCGUGCGCGCCGCGCUGGCGCCGCACGAGGCCCGCGCCGACUACACCGCGCGCGCGCGCCGCCUGCUGCUCGACUGGUCCUUCUACUCGUCGCUCGUCAUCCGCGAGCUGACGCUCAGGUGAGGGGUGUGUAGUGGGGCAGGGGCCGGGGCUGGAGGGCUGCGUGCGCGCC